AUGCACCGUACCCUUAAAUAUACUUAUUUGAAAGGCAAACGUGUUAAAAGACUAGAUAAAGGUAUUAAUGCCAUAAUGCGUUUGGUGCGAGAUAAAUGCAUAGAAAGAUUGAUAACAAUAAAACAGGGGAAACUUUCUUCUAAAUUGUCAGCACUUCGAUCUAGACAUAAAACUAGCUUGACGUUAGACUUAAAUUCAGUUAUGCCAUGUGAUGAUGGUUGGAAUGUGGCAUCUGGAAAGAAGACUGAUUUAUAUUUAAUUCGCCAAGUGAAAGAUCAUUGCGAGUGCCAUUUGAUAUGUAUUGAAUGUAACACUUGUUUGCAUAGAUUCAUCUGCUCUUGCCAUGAUUCGUCAAUUAAAUAUAAUAUGUGCAAACACAUUCAUCUCUUGUGUAAAUCAUUGGCAAGUAGAAUUAAGCAAGUCAUAUUACAGUCAAAUGAUACCUACCUUUUUUUAUCAUGUACACACGUGCCAAAUUUGAAAAAUAAAAUGCUGAAGGAAGCAAAUGAUGAGAACGGCAAUUUGGUCAUUGUUGAAAACAGUCAGGACGAAUUCCAACACAUUUUAACAGAUCUAAGUUCAAAAUCAUCCACAUCGACCACUUUGAUAAUGGAAAAAACAAAAAUGAAGGAAGCAUUGCAAGAACUGAUCAACAAAGUCGAUUUAAUGACCUCACAAUCCGAACUUGAUGUAGUCAAAAAGUGCAUUGCUCCUAUUGCUCCUACUCUGGCUUCUUUGAAUGCAGCUAAUAGCAUUCAACAUGUUUCCAAAAUUCCCCAUAACAAAAAGAUUGACAAGCAGAGGAAAUUUGUUUCCACAAAAAAGAAAAACUAUUCAAAACGGAAUCCCUACAAAAAGCCAACUCGCGAAGAAACUGAAAAUAUUGCAGCGGCCCUAUUACUUAAUUAAUACCUAUUUUUUUUUGUAAAACUGCCUCGCUCAAAAUGGAGCUUUUAGUUUCUCACACGCUAGGCAAUGUUGAU